AUGUUUACAGUAAUGCAGCCCGAUUACGAUGGGAUUUUUAUGAACGUUGCCGGUACUUGUGAAAAUGGCAUUCAUGGCCUCAUGGAUGCCUUUUUUGGUUUUCUGGCGCGGCGCACGGAUUUUUUCUUUGGUGCAACAGAAGAGACGUCCAAAGAGUUACUUUUGGACAAUUUUAACAAAUACAGAAAAGAAGCUCUGAUGAGGCAGCUGAAGGAAAAAGCUGAAUCAAAGGAGAGAGAGGAUCGAGAGAAAGUCAGAAGGGCCGAGCGUGAGGAAGCAAAGAUAAAGGCAAAUGCGGCGAAGGAACACCCAACCCCCUCGAAUGGAGUGCUUUUAGAAGAAACUUCUGUUAAAAAUCACGUUAAGGAGAUUGAAGAGCAUACUUCCGAGGAUACCCUACCAGUAAAAGUUGGCAAGUCUGGGGAGGAAGAGCCCGAUGUUUCCGCUGCGAAGACAGAAUCUCCCGAUGAUGAUGAUGAUGGAUUUGGCAAGGACAAAGUAAAGCCGAACGAUGGUAAUGGAGGAGAUCAUCCGAACUACCGUUGGAUACAAACGCUUGGUGACGUCGAAAUCAAAAUUCCCACUAAGGUGAUAUGA